AUUCGAUUCCAAUUCCAACAACAAACAUUCCACCACCAACAGAACUUGCUCUACCACUGAUACUAUCCGUCUACCGGAGAAAAUGAGCGGUGCCGGAAAGACGGUGUGCGUUACCGGAGCAUCUGGAUACAUAGCUUCAUGGCUCGUCAAGCUCUUACUUCACCGUGGUUACACUGUCAAAGCAUCUGUUCGCGAUCCCAACAACCCUAAGAAAGUAGACCACUUGCUUAAACUUGAAGGAGCAAAGGAAAGGCUUCAUUUGUUCAAAGCAAACCUACUUGAAGAAGGCUCUUUUGAUGCUGCAGUUGUUGGCUGUGAAGGUGUUUUCCAUACAGCAUCUCCCUUUUUCCAUGCAGUCACUGAUCCACAGGCAGAAUUAAUUGAUCCUGCAGUGAAAGGAACACUGAAUGUGCUUAAUUCAUGUUCAAAAGCUUCAUCAGUUAAAAGAGUUGUAGUGACAUCAUCAAUUGCUGCAGUUGCUUACAAUGGUAAACCAAGGACUCCUGAAGUUGUAGUUGAUGAAACCUGGUUCUCUAAUCCAGAUUUUUGCAAAGAAAUGAAGAUGUGGUAUGUGGUGUCCAAAACAUUGGCUGAAGAAGUUGCAUGGAAAUUUGCAAAAGAAAAAGGAUUGGAUAUUGUCACCAUAAAUCCAGCUAUGGUGAUUGGUCCUUUAUUACAGCCUACUCUUAACACUAGUGCUGAAGUUAUUGCAAACCUAUUCAAUGCACAAACAUAUGGAAAUUCAACCUUUGGUUGGGUUAAUGUUAAGGAUGUUGCAAAUGCACAUAUUCAAGCUUUUGAAAUCCCUUCAGCAAGUGGAAGAUAUUGUUUGGUGGAAAAAGUUGCUCAUUUUUCAGAAAUAGUCCAAAUAUUACGCAAACAUUACCCUGAAUCUCAACUUCCACAAAAGUGUGCGGAUGACAAGCCUUUUGUUCCCACAUACCAAGUGUCAAAGGAAAAGGCAAAGAGUUUGGGUAUUGACUAUAUUACCCUUGAAGAAAGCCUCAAGGAGACUGUGGAAAGCUUGAAGGAGAAGGGCUUUAUUGGGACUUCAUCAAACAUGUGAAAUCAUUCUCUUGCAACUUGUCAUGGAGAUUGAGUAAUAAUAAAAAGAUGUUUUAAGUGAAUUUACAUCUGGUAUUGAAACCAGAAUGGAGUUAUGUAUUAUGAAUGAAAUGUAUUGGAGCUUAUUUCGUCCUUUGUUUCUAGACAUCAUAUUUCUUGCUAGUAAUUUAAAUUAUUAUAUAUUUAUUA